AGAAGCACUUUCGUAGCUCAUCUAACUCGUCCACUGCUUCUUUGAUUUUUUGUUUUCUUUCGUCUCUUCUCACCCAGGCUGUGCCUUCUGUGGCAACUCCGUUCUCCUCUCUCUGCUUUUCCCUUUUCCUUGUGUGGCGAACAACGAACGGGCAGAGGAUUAUUCCAAAUAAAAAGAUAACUACAAAAUGGCGAACGUAGAAACCGAUGCGGCCAACGGCCUCGCGAACUCCAACGACGCCCUCGUCGGGGCGGCCGUGCUGAGCGCCCCCGGUGGCAACGGCGACAACGAGCAGGAGAACGAAGAUACCUGCCAGGUGCUCAUCCCACCGAAUGCUGAUAUGGGCGGUGACGAGGAGGAGGUGUGUGGUGUGUGCCUCGAGCCGCCCGCACCCGGCUGCUUCGUCGAGCUGUGGUGCUGCGGCAACAUACUCUGCGUCGCCGAUGCACAGCAGCUGGGCAAGUGUCCCUUCUGCCGGGAGGAGCCGUUGGUGUGGAACAUCACCAAAUAA